CUCUCUCUCACACACACACACACACACACACACAGAGCAUGGAUGGAUGGAUUAUAGAGAACAUCUGAAUGAAGAACCUGUUCAUUCUGAGGAAGGUUGAAGAAGAAUAAAGGUGGAGGAUUAUUUCUGGCGGUGUUUUCAGUGUGUAUUCGUCUGAUUCAUCAUCUUUGUGCCAGCGAUUGUGUGUGUGUGUGAGUGUGUAUGAGUGUAUGAAUUGUUAGAUGAUGUUGGAGAUGAAGCGAGUUGUUCUCCUGCUCUCCGUCGUGCUCCUGACCUGCGCUGCUCCUCUGCACCAGAAUAAUGAGUUGAGCAGUUCACAGGAAUCGCAGGUUACCUCACGUGUCACUCAGUUUAGGGGAAACUCAGGAAGUGACAUCAUAAUCAAGGCACCUGCAGGCUUUGGAAAACCCAAUGAGAAAGGCCAGAGCACUGUUACGGUCAGUUUACGGGAUGAGAACACCAAUGUUUCCAUUGACGUUGUGAGCUUCAUCUUCUCUGUGAACAGUGAAGAAAUGUCUGAUGCAGAGGUUGGUGAAAGCAAUGGAGGAUUUAGUGAUGAAGGAGUGCAGGAUAUUAAUGCUGGACCUGAAGAGAAAAUCAUUGAUAAUGAUGAGGAGAUGAGUGAAGAAGGAUUUGACCCAACAGCAGGACCUGAGGUACUAAAUGGUGAUAAAGACUUGGACAAAAGCGAGGAAGAAACACCAGAUCCAAAAGACAAUAAGAGUGGUGAAGAUCAGAUACACAGUACAAGUUCCCAGUCUGAAACCAGAGUCGACUCUGAAGUAUCUGACCAAGAGCAUUCAAAUGUCUUUGAAACAACAGCUACGUCAGAUACAUCCAGCAAACAGGAGGACUCAAAUGAGUCAGAGCACCAAAAAACCAAAUCAAACAGUGCAGAACCUUCUGCCCAACAUCUCUCCGGUCAACUCACAAGUCUCAGGCUAGUUCUUGCAUCUUCCUUCGUCGAUCAGGAAACCACUUCAUCAGAAGCAAAUGCCAAAGGAACAAACUCCAAAUUAGAUAUCUCCUCUGUAGAAGGUCAGACUGUUCCCACAAUUUCAGAAUCCAUGUUAGGACCUUUUCAGAAAGCUUCAGAACUCAGCUCCAGCUCAGAGGAGAAAACAGAUGAUGAAUAUAAGAACAGUGUCGCUGAUCCAACACCGAGCAAGUCCCCAAGUCUUAAUUCACAUCCAGAGUCCAUGGUAAAUACAAAAAUAAUGAAGAAGAAUGAUGCUCUUCUAGCACCUUUAUUCUCUGGUUCAGACGUUUAUCCUGAGUAUGUUAAUGACUGGCAGUAUGAUCCCAGAUAUUAUGACCUAUACAGGAACCAUCCUGGGUAUGCUGCAGGGUAUGACCCCUAUGGUGCAGGGUAUGACCCCUAUGCUGCAGGGUAUGACCCCUAUGCUGCAGGGUAUGACCCCUAUCAAGCAGGUUAUGACCCCUAUGGUGCAGGAUAUGACCCCUAUCAAGCAGGGUACGACCCCUAUGGUGAAGGUUAUGACCCAUAUCGUGCAGGAUAUGACCCCUAUGGUGCAGGUUAUGACCCCUAUGGUGCAGGUUAUGACCCCUAUCAGGCAGGGUAUGACAACCAGGACCCAUAUCAUAAAACAGAGAGUGAAGAUCCAAGACAUGCUGUAGAGCAAGAAACCACUGCAUACUCAGUAGAAGAAAAUGAGAGCCGUCCUACAGAGAUUUCAAACAUCCAGGAUAACUCAUACAGUGAAGAACAACCUCAGUCACCGUCCAUUUCACCAUCAAGUACCCCAGUAUCGCUUCCUGAAGGUUCUGAGAACAUACCUUCAGAACAACCAUCAAACUCCAGCUCUAUCGAAACCAGCAGAGAAAUGCAACUGCUGCCUUCCAAAGGUGCAAACGAUUUCAACGGUCCUCCUGAUCCUGCUGUGUCCGACAGUGAAGAGGGUACAGAAACCGGAGCUGAUGCUGUGGGAAAGAAAAUGGCUGCAACAGGGAGCUUCAGCAGUGAGGAGAGUGCUGAGACUACAGACUCUGAGCAAGACAGCCAGAAUCCAAUGGACCAGCCAGCAAAACAGGGAACUCCUGAUCCAGCGAUUCAGACAUCUUCCCACAUGUCUGUGGUUCAGCUCAGUCCUGACAUCCAGGAGGCACACAAUGAAGAAGAACCUCAGAGUCAGUCACCUGUUGCUCUCAUACCCGCAUUUAGUUCAGAAGAAGAUGAACCACUAGCAAACACAAUCGAACACAUCAUGGCUCUUGCGUUCAGUAGUGAAACCAAUGAAGAAGGUAAAAACCCUGAUUCUACCCGUUUAGACAACACCUUCUCUAAAAACAACCAAAAUGAAGAAUCAUAUUCAAAUGAAUCAGCAACCGAUAGCCCAAGAAUCAGUGCAGAAGUGACUCGUGAGCCAGUACACCUCACCACAGAGAGUCCACCAUUCGACUCUGAAUCAGCACCAACAAGUGAUUCGCUUGUUAGCAAUGAAGACGCCUCAAGUGAGAAAAUCACUCCAAAUCCGAGCACUAACCUGCACAUUACCCAGAGCAGUGGAGGAUUAGUAGAAGCUAAUGCUAACAAUGCUAAGGACAGUGAAGAGUCUCAGGAAUCUCAGAUCUUUACCUCAUCCACAGCAUUCCCCAUUGCUAGCCAACCAGCCCAGGAGCAAUACACUGAAAACAGCAGUGAUGAGGAAAACACACAGGACAGGAAGUCAAACCAGGGGAUAAUCAGUCAAUUUCCUGUAGAGACAUCAGCUAAAAUAAUAGCCACCAAUCUCUGGACAUCUUUCCUCCAAGCUCUGAAAGUUCCUAUAGCUAAUCCAAGCAGACAAGCAUUCCAGAAAAAUGCCCGAAGGCCACAAAGUACCAGACGUUAUCAUCAGCGUAGCAACAGGAGACAAAAAGCCAACAGCAGUGAGGAAAGUAAAUAAAAGAAAAUAUGCAGAAACGUAGCUUGUUUUUAACAUUUAAAGACCGAGUCAGGAAUCGCUAAGGGAAGGUUAGUGCUUGGUCCUUCAAGAUAAGCAGUUUAUUAAAGUAUACAAGGUUAGCAUGUUGCAUUCAUUCGUACAUACAUAUUAGUAAUAAUGUUCUCUGUUAGCAAUCAUGGUCUCCUUUAGCAAAUUAUUCUCUUUUAGCAUAGAUCUCUGGAGCAGCC